UAGCGGAUAAGUUUACUCAAGAUAUGAUGACCCUACCAAAUAAUUCUUCAGUUCCUUAUUUGUAUCUUUUUAAAGAAGAAAGAGCAGAUUUUCGUGAAGAGAAUUUGACGACCCUUGAUCAAAAAAUUAUUUAUGGAAAGCUCCACGGAAUGUAUAAGAAGGCUUUGAAUAAAGUGUUGCAAAACAAGUCAAGAUCUCAGGAACUAAUCAAUUUACUUCAAGGCUUUGCUGAAGAUGGAGAUAACGACGAUAGUUCAGAUUUAGAUGAAGGUCAAGAAAGUGACGAUGACAUUGAUAAAGAAAAUAUAAAUCCUCAAUUGCAAAAUCCAAAAAAGCAGCAGG